AAGCUAAUUCAGCUUAAUUCAGUAUCAGAACAAUCACUUAACUUUGUUUUGACCGUCUGUCCAGUUCCUAAGGUUCACUCGCUCCACUCCAGUCCGCUAGGUGGCAGUAAUGCAAUAAAAUGACUGUAUCGACAACUGACCGGAAAUGAAAUCAACUCACAGACGGAAGAAAAAAAAAUGGAAGCGGCAGUGUUCAUUCUGUCACUUGUGGAUUGCUGUGCACUGAUUUUCCUCUCGGUCUACUUUAUUAUCACCCUGUCUGAUCUAGAAUGUGACUACAUCAAUGCUAGAGCCUGCUGCUCCAAGCUAAACAAAUGGGUUAUUCCAGAGAUGGUUGGCCAGUGUCUCUCCACUAUGCUGAUGUUGGUCUCCAUGCACUGGUUCAUUUUCCUCCUCAACCUGCCUGUAGCAGCCUGGAACAUUUAUAGGUAUGUUAAGGUUCCGAUGGGAAACAUGGGCGUGUUUGACCCCACAGAGAUCCACAACCGAGGUCAGCUUAAGUCCCACAUGAAGGAGGCCAUGAUUAAACUGGGUUACCACCUGCUCUGCUUCUUCAUUUAUUUGUAUAGCAUGAUCCUGGCUCUCAUCAACGACUGAAGCCCCCAGCAAGCUGCCAAAUUCUAAACUCCACUGUUUCCCCCCCCUCACAGCCUGCUCCUGUACUGUAUGCAUACACUCUUCCAUAACAGCAGAGAGAAGAAGCUUACUGUUAUUUGUGUUGUUAUGAUCUAAGAGUUUUGACUUUAAUACAAUACUUAGGAUACUAUUUAACCAUUUAACAUUCCAUACCAUCAUGAUAAAAGCUCAUACAACAGCCUGGUAUUUUAUUGUGAAGGGGAUAAGUAACAGUUAUUUUUUUUCAACCUCUAUCUGCAACAGUUAUUAAUUACAACAUCAUUAGAGUGGCUGUAAGAAAUAAUAGACUUUUCACAGUAAAGUAAGCAUGUAGGCCUCCUAGAGCAGAGAAAAACAAAAAUACCCAGUGAAGAAGUCAUAUAUUACCAAGCACAGUACUGUGUAAUAGUCCUCUGUCUAUCUGAAUAUAAAGUGGAGUUAUUGAGUGGGUUUUUUCCCACCAAAGCCAAAUUGGGAAAAAUGUAAAGUGCUUCAAAUCUCAAAAUGUGUUUUUGUUGUUGUGCCCUCCCCACCCAGUAAGGUGCUCAUAUGUGUUCAGUUCACCUGCUGACUGGGAAGGACAUACCAAAUGAUUCACAUAUUUUUCAUCCUCUUUUUGACCAAUCUGUAUGUGCACAUUACACCUCUCUGUCUUGUCAUAUGCUGUUGCGCUUUUUUCUUCUUCUGAACUCUCCAAGUUGACAUCACAUUUGGUUAAAGUAUCCAAGUUUUUACAUUGUAAUGUUAAAAUCACAGGUUUGUGAUAGUAUUGAAGUGUGAAAUUGUGCACCAGUGAUCAUCAGAUGGUGGAUCACUAAGCCUAUUCUGAGACUUUUUAUGCAUACAGGACCUGCCAGCAUCACACUCCAUCUCUGAUCACAGCUCCACACACAUGUACACCCACAUACACACACACACACACACACACACACACAAACACAAAAUAUUUGAUUAAUAUAGUCAUAUUUGCCUCAACAUGUGUAUGUAUGUGGGUGUAUUCAGUGACGUGGUUCUGCACAGAGUAAAAGACAAUCACACUCAACCACACAUCAGUCCUCAUCUGUUAAUGUGUCUGGGCCAAAGUCUUGUGAUCACAGAGCUCGAUGCUGUCUGAACUUCAAUGGUCAAGUGUUUUGCCACAUAAAAGGUUCAAUUCGGUCUUGAAAGAAGUGUAUGUAAUGGCUGUUGUAUUAUUGGAUGAGUGGCAGUUUCAAUAACAAUUUGAUUUGAUCUCAUGCACUUAUGUUGUGUUUACUGAAUGACCUUUGCAAUAAACGCAUACUGUAUGUUAAA